UCAUUCAUUUAUUAAUUAUUUAAUUUUCAAGACGGACGUGAAACCAUUUACUUAAACGAAGUUAAUAAUUUGAAUUUGCAAUUUAAUUUAAAACCAUUGUGGAAAUUUUCUUGAUCUUGGCAAGUUUGGGAAUUGGGAUUUAAGUUGUUAAUAAUUUUCAGGGUUUAAGGGGUUUAUGAAUGGAGCACAAAGAAGGGCUGAAUAGUUCUGGGGUUACAGUUAAAAGUAAUGAAACUUCUGAAAACUACAGAAUGACCCCAAGUAAUGAAAUUGCGAAUGGGUUUACUGGAGCAAUGGCUGCAGUUAUACCUGCAACGCCAAUGAGCGUGGCAGCACCGUCUACGGAAGGGCAGAAGAAGAGGGGAAGGCCUAAGAAAUAUAGAUCAGAUGGUUCUUUAAAUACUGCAUUAUCACCAAUGUCAAUAUCAGCUUCAAUCCCACUUUCAGGAGAUUUUUCUGGUUGGAAAAAUAGUGGAAGCCGCCCUGUUGAAUCCUUCAAGAAGAAGCAGAACAAGUUUGAGCUUGGAAUUCCAGGGGAAAAGGUGGCGUAUUCUGCUGGUGAAAAUAUAUCACCACAUGUAGCAUACUCUGUUGGUGGAAACUUUACACCGCAUGUGUUUACUGUUAAUGCUGGCGAGGAAGUCGCAAUGAAAAUUAUUUCAUUUGCUCAACAAGGGUCUACAACUAUUUGUGUGCUGACUGCCAAUGGUGCGAUUUCAAAUGUUACACUUAGUCAGCUUAAUUCUUCUGGUGGAACUUUGACCUAUGAGGUACGAGCUCUUUAG